GAUAGACGGCAUUAAACUGUCAAGGCGAGUGAAUCACGGCCAGGUAUAUAAGGCAUGGUUUAAAUCACUGUAGACGGAGAUCGACAAGCUCUGUUGCUGAGGCUUUAAGGACGGUUCUGUGAAACAUCGAAUGAAGUCAGAAGUAGUCAGUCCAAAAUGACCACCGCUCUAAGUCUCGGAAUGAUCUCUUCUCUCAGCGUGCUUCUGGUGACCACAGAAGCCAUCAAGUACAUGUACCCCCUCACUAAAUACAUGGACCCCCCUGCCAGCCAGCCACACCUUUACCCCGGGGGCCCGGGCCUCCCCUUCCCUGAGCUGAACUACCUGUGUAGGGGCAAGGACGGGGUGAUGUUUCUACUGCCCUGGGCCUGUACGGGGUAUGUCCGAUGUGUUGGAGAUUCAGCCUACUGGAGCAGGUGCCCGAUGGAUACCAGAACCGUUACUGGUUUGCAGGAACCAAUCUGUUUGAUGGACAGCACGGAGUGUAAGAAACAGGAGAAAGUUCGCUGGAAUGAGUUCUGUCGCCUGACCGCAAGAGGGCGCUACCCCUCUAUCCUUAGCUGCGCCUCGUUCUAUGACUGCAGUGGGGGUGCUGAGGGGGUGGAGAGGGAGUGCCCCUACCCCAACCUGUACAACCCAGCAUCCGGGCUCUGCGAGGACUUCCGGUCUGCUGAGAUAUAUUGUAACGGAAGACCAGUGCCGAGAGCCCCAUGCGACUACCAAGCUCUCAACAUCACUUGCAGCGAUCCACACUGUCUGCCCUGUUCGGAGCUACGACCAUCGUGUGUUCGUAAACCGGACGGAAACCACGCUCUGCCAAACCGGAUCAACUACCCGUGGUACCUCAGAUGCGAGAGAGAAAGAACUAUGGGUGUUUUGAAAUGUGCAGCCGGGAUGUUUUUCUCUUCUUUUUGUUCACGGUGUAUACCCUACGGUUCAACAACAUGUUAAACGUUGAAAAAGAGCAGCCAAAUUGAAAUCCGCGUGUGAGUGUAUUGUGAUAAACGUAUGUGAUAGCGGUAUGUCAAAUACCAAGUGUAUUUACUCUGGACUAUUUUAUGACAUCAUACAUGAAGUGUCAUUGCUUUGCAACAAAUUAAAGAAUAUCAAAGAAUGUUGAGAUUUACUU